AUGAGGUACUUAGAGGAGCUGAUUAACUUUAAAUGGGAAAAUUUGGCAGAAAAGCUAAAACAAAAAUGUCUGAAUUCUUACUUGAAUUUUCAAGGUCUAAAUGUAAAGUUUAAAGAUCUCUAUGAAUCAUGUUCUGAAGCUUUCCAUACUUUAGCAUCCCAACAAAUCAUCAAAAUAUUAAGUGGAGAUAAAUUCGUGAUUGGUAGUAAAGUUGAAAGUGAUGUUGACUUUUAUCAAGAAAGGAAGUUCAUUCAUGAAGAUUCUAAAACGAUUGCCUUUGAAUAUGAGCAUGGACAUGAAUAUACAGUUGACUAUAAAACUGAGGAAGAACAUGUAAGGCACAGGAUCCAAUCUCAAACAUUUACAGAAUUCAUUGAAGGAUUUUCCAAAAACAAUUUCGAAUUUUGCUCAAAAAUUUUUGAUAAAGUCAAGGAAAAUGAAUUUUACCAGACUAGACACUACGACCUAUCCUCAAAAGGCUUUAACUUUAUGCACAAAAACUCUCAAGAAAUCAUCAAACAAGCAGAAAAUGAGAAGCUAUUAAUUUUAUCAUCUGAAGCUGGUGCUGGAAAAACUGCAACUUUUGAGCAGCUUGCAAUUGAAAUUAAGAACAAAUGUCGGAAACUUUGGGUAUCUUAUGUUGACUUGAAGGAUUAUACGCAGUUCUAUAUAGGCGACGGAAUUGCUGAGAAGCUUCUUGAAGACAUAUUAAGAUUAAGUUCAGUCAAUAAUGAAUUUGAGAGGAAAAUCUUUGAAGAAUUUUUUAAAUCAGGCAAAGUUGUUAUCUUUUGGAAUGGAUUCGACGAAAUAUCUCCGACCUACAAUGAAUUCAUCUUCAAUUUAAUCGACUGGAUCUACAAAAACACAAGCAAUGUCCAAUAUGUUUGCACAAGACCUUUAUAUUCUGACCAAUUAAGUAGAGGCUUUAAAAUUAGAUCAUGGCAGUUGGUUCCAUUAAAUGAGGAUGAUAAGAAGGAUUUUUUAAGGACUUGCUUUGAGUUUCAUCAAGUCUCAAGUGACAAAAUUGAUGAAUUUAUAGAAAAAGUCGAUGAAAUCAUUCAAAAACUGAAUUAUGAUGUCAAUUCCUUUGCUUACAACUUUAAUACUCCAUUAAUGCUUAAGCUUCUAGCAGAAGUUCAUGAGCAAGAAAAUUUGUUUAAACUUGGACAUGUCUAUGGAAUUUUUGAGAUCUUUGUCGAGAAGAAAAUCGGAAUGUGGCUUGAAAAAAGCACAAGAUCUCAUAAUUUAGCUAAAAAGCUUCUGAUAAGUGGCUCAUUAAGGAUGAUUUUCCAGCGAUACGCACUCCUCGAUGAGCUUCAUGUCUUUUCAUCCACAACAUUGACACUUAAGAUCAAGAAGCUUCAAAUUAUGCAAAAGAAAAUCAUGCAGGACCUGCCAUUUGAGGAAAUUUCAAGGAUGGGAAUCCUGUACAUCAACGGAAAGAACAAAUUUGAAUUUGCGCACAGAACGUUUGCUGAAUUUUUUAUCGCUCAAUACUUUAUUGAAGCUAUUUACGAUGUGGAUGAUGAUGUGAAUGCUGACGAAGCUGAACUCAGGCUUGAAAUAUUUUUCCACUUUGCCAAGUCUUAUGGACAUACUCAAAAAAUUGUUACUGACUUUAUGGCGUCGUUUUUGGAGAUGAAUAAGGACAAUGAAGCUGAAAAUUUUAAUCCAAACCUUUCAGCACUUUUGAGGACUAAGUUUCGAAAUUUCUUCAUAAGGUUGUUGGAUUCAAACUAUCCUGAUGUCUUUUUAUUCUUGUUUGAUUUCUUCAAGAAAGAUCCAGAUCUUUUGGCUGAUCUCCUGCAUGUUAGUCAGGAUGAAACAUUUUACACAGCAAUUUUUAACCCAAACAACUUUUCGCUGUUCACAAAUCCCGAAGGAAUCAAGGAAUUAGCUGUAAAUUAUUUGAGUAUUGAGAAUUUUGAGAAGUUGGUCAAUGGAAGGAAUCAAAAGGGAAUCAUUUUAUUUGGUUUACAUUUUUAUGGACAACUUGAGAUUCCUAAAAUUCAUAAUUCAUACGAUUCAGUCAUUAAGGAACUUAAGGUAUCAUCCUUCAAUGAUAUAUUUUCAAUGCUUACAAAAGACGAGCAGAAAGAGCUCUUCAAGACUGCAGUAAAUCCAAAAAUGUAUCUUUAUUACGACAAAUUCUUCAAUCCGUCAGACUUUCCUGAAUAUAAAAAGCUAUGGAUGGACUAUGAACAUUUAUUGACAGUCGAUGAAUUGCAUGAGCUACUUGGAGACUCUAUCAUCAACUAUUUUGAAGUCUUUCCAAACGACAAGGCUGGUCAUGAACUUUUUCUUUCUCUACUGCUUCAAAAAUCUGCCAACUUCCUGUCAAGUCCUCAAAUCUUUCAAAUGUUCCUCAAUAAAAACAUUUUACAUGAAGCUCAUUGGUUUUCUUCAAGCUUUACAAUUCUAUGGUGCUUCCUUAGUGGUCAUGCAUCAAGACAAGAAAGGAAGCAAAUUCUACUUCAAGAUGAUUUUGAUGAUAAAAAUUUUUAUUUCUGGUCUGGUCCAGAGGAUAUGAAGAAUUAUUACUCAAUUUAUGAAUAUUCGUACUUCAAUUAUGACUUUACAGCAUUUAAAGUUCUUCAUCGAUCCAUGACUCUAGCCAGUGCACUUACUUUUGAUUUUACACAAUCAAUUUAUCAUAUUCACUUCAAUCAGAAGGAAUUGCAGGAAAUAGUUUUAAGUUCUAAUGACUUCAUUUACUACGCAAUUGGAAAGGCAAAGGAAGAGCCAUGCAGGAAGUUUGUAAGAUUUCUCGAAGAUCUUUUUAAAGGAAAUGAAGAAUCAUUGAAGGAACUGCUUGAGAGGAAAGUAAAGAGAACAAAUUUAUCAGUUUUAGAAUUUGUUGAGGACUUUCGUGGACUUUCUCAUUAUGGACAAGAUUGGUUUGCAAAUUUAGAAAUGUUUACGGAUUUGUUUGAAAGAGUUAAGGCUGUUGAAGAUGAUAAAAAGAUGUAA